AUUAACACAAGAGGCUCGUAAGCAGUAGAGUCAUGUUAUAACUUUAUCUUUGGAGAGAACUGCCACAUUGGUCAGAAUAGGUGCUUCUGGUCAGUAGCAGUCGACAUCCAGACCAAUGGAUUGUUCCAGGUGGAGGAAUGGAACCUGAAGAGGAGCCGGGUAGUGCAGCAGUGAGGGAAGUGUAUGAAGAGGCUGGUGUGAAAGGAAAGUUGGGAAGAUUACUAGGAAUAUUUGAGAAUCGAGACCGAAAACACAGAACCUACGUGUAUGUUCUGAUAGUGACAGAAAUUCUGGAAGACUGGGAGGAUUCUGUUAAUAUUGGAAGAAAAAGGGAAUGGUUUAAAGUUGAAGAUGCGAUUGAAGUUUUGCAGCGUCACAAACCAGUACAUGCUGAAUACUUGAAAAAGCUGAAACUGGGCAACUCUAACACAAAUGGAAACUCUCUGGUCUCCAAUUUGGUUGACACAGCUACUGUUUAUGUGACCAGUUCCCAAACUUCAGGGAUGUCAUCUGACCUCAGAUGAAAUGUACAUUCACAUGUGGCCUUCCUGCUCAUGUGCAGUCACUUAGUAAAUUGCAUUCUGCUUAAGGCAGAACAGUCUAGGUUAGAUUGUAUAUGUAUAAAUACUUUUGCAUGAGUACUUGCAGUGUUGAUAUGAAACUUUUUAUGAUGUAAAAUAGUGUUGAAAACCAAAGCCAUACACUGAUUUAUGUUAGCAUUAUUUUGUUAGAUGCCUUGCAGGCCACUAACUGUUUUAAGUUUGCAUUAUAUAAAAGGAUAUACUUAAUCCUGUUUCAAUUUUACCAUGAAUAGCAUGCCAUAGAUGUGAAAAUGACUUUCUAUUUUGGUGUUUUACAACGGCAAUGUGGUAUAUGAUUUUCCACAUCAAAAUUAAACUGAAUGUUUAGAAUGAACAUUUGGACAUUCUAUUAGAAAGUCUGAUUGCCCAGCAAUCAUUUAUCAUUUAAAUGUUGAAAUAUGAAUUGCCCCAUACAAAUUGUUUGGGUAAUUGAAUAGAAGAUUUUUCAAAAUUGAUCAUUUUAAGUGGUAUUAAUUAAAAUGUUUAUAUUCUGAUUGCUGCAUCAGAUCACUUUUCGAUAUCCUGUCUUGAAGAAUUACUGACCUGUAGUUAAAUAUUCCCUAACCCAACCUCACCCACAAUGUUCAAAAACUUAAUGCUCAAAAUUCCCAUACCAAAUAAAACAGCUGUCAAUUUGGCUUUUCUGUUUUUUAAUUUAUAGAUUUUUCUAUGCCCUGAACACACUUUUUGUUCCUUUCUUGUCUUGUUUUUUAAACUCAAUUUAUUGUUCUAGCACUCUUUAUGUUUCAAAGUGUCAUCCCAUACUCUAGUCGCUCUCUGUUGUCUAUCUUGCUCUACAGUUGAAGUUUACAAAUAUAUUGGACUCCCACUAAAUGAGCUGCUGUCUUUAGUCUGAAGAAUGGGUCCAGAAGCUGAAUGGUAUCUACUUAAUAUUGUCAGUGCCAAAUUGAACUGAUUCACUCACUCCAGAUUUUGGUGUUUGAACAGUUCAGAUCAAAUCAAUUCACUUCCAUGUGUUGGUUGCCUGGAUCUAUUCUGUUUCCAACUUUUCUGUUUAAAUAUUUGUAUCUUGCUAAUGGAGAGAAGAUGGAUUAUUUUUGAAUGAAGUAACGCUCCAGGGGACUUCAGUGUGUGACUGCCCCUCAAACUGAAAUUUACAAAAGUCAGUUUAGCAGAAUUUGUGAUUUUUAAAACUGCACUUAUCAAGAUUGUUUGUUUGCAUUUUAAAUUUUGGGCAGGAAGUGGAGGUGUGAUGUGUUUGUUUUUGCCUAAUAUGGGUUCAAAGUAUCCAGCCCUUUAAUCAAUCCUUGUUCUGCUGGCUGUAAGAAUUCUAUGUGAAAUGAAAGGAUAAAUCCUUUUCUUUAAAGACCACAGUGCAAAAAUUAAUUUGACAGUACCUCUUUGCCAGCAUGAAGCCUGCUGUACUGUAACCUGCUGUAUUUGGAGGUGUUCCUUCAAGGUUAAAGAAUAUUGAGGGGUUGUAGACCAAGUAAUUGUAAUUUUUUUUAUAUCAAGAAUGGAAGUAUUCCAUUCCAAUCUCAAUUCCUGCUCAGUGGCCUCUACCCCACCUUGAUCAAGAGUUCUGUUUUAAAACAGAUGGUUCAGCCUCAAUAUUGAUUGCAGUAGCCUAAAGACUCCUGAGAAUAAAUCUGCCUUAUCCAGCCAUGGCAUGCUUUAUUUAAGAAUUCAAUAUUGCUUCAUUUGGUGUCACCUAUCUCUCUCUCACUCUCUCUCUAUAUAUAUUGUUUUCUAGCUGUGUAUGGUUCACCAUCUUUAAGCUUUCUGUACAGUCCCAAAGACACCAUUCAAGAGAGUCUACUGUAUUUGAUUUUAAAAAAAUCAUUUUCUUAAUGAGACUAAUAGUCUUGAAUAAAACUGAAUUUUGAACCAA